AUAGCUGAUCUCCUCCAUGCCUCUUAUCAGUUUGGUUGCCCUUCUCUCCAUCCAAAGCAGUGUGCUUACAGUGAAGUACACGGACACAGCACAUAGUAAAACAGCACACAGUUAACCCUUUGAUCGUCCCUCAUGUUAACCCCUUCCUGCCCAGUGCCAUUAGUACAGUGUCAGUGCUUUUUUUUUUUCAGCACUGAUCACUGUAUUGGUGUCACUGGGGAUGUCAGUGACACCAAGUCAGUUCCCCCCCAGUUUAAGAAUGCCCGCUGCAGUCCCACUAUA